AUGCCUUCUCCGUGGCCUGCUCUGUCUGACGGUGAGAGCGACACUAGCUCACGCCUGCCUGAGAUCUUCUCGAACAACGCUUCCGACUCUGAUUCCUCCACCGCACCUAGCGUCUUCGACUCGAGCAGCGAAUCUGAAUCCGAGUCUGAAGAUGAGUCCGAAGAUGAGCUGGCUUCGGAAGAUGAAGAGGAGCAACUUCCACCAGAAUACUAUCUCCAGGAGGCCGAGUCUCUUGAUGUCUCCCAUCUCCGACAGAAACGCUACAGCCCGAAGACUCAGGAGAGAUUGGAUGAGACGCAAGAUUUUUGGGAUAGGUUCUGUAAUGGCACAAAGCGCGGUCCGGUGGAAUGUUUGUCCUGGCUCUCUGAUACGGAGGAGACGGUUCGCUUUCUCAAGGCUCUCUUCUCCUGGCGGUGUGACCAGCGACGUGGAAAGGAUGGACGUCGCACCCCAGGAGUGAAGACUAAAAGCUCGCUCGACUUAUUCUGGAAGUGGUGGCAUCUGAUCUAUAAGGCCGAGGUUGGACAUGAGCUCAGCAAAGAUAUCCAAGUUAAGAUCCGCGAUGUGCUCGCGAUAGUUGCCACAGAAAAGAAACUUUCCCUUAAAGGUCGACCGAAAGCGACCAUGUAUGUCGAGGAUGUGGCCGAGUUUGCCCGAGUAAUCCUGUCCACGACAGAGAUGACUUUUCCUUGUGGCUGGUACCGGAUACAACUCCUCCUUUUCUGCCAGCUGGCCGCCAUCACCGGUAGCCGUCCCGGGGCGCUACUGAAACUUCGCUUCCAGGAUCUCAAGUUGACAUUAGUUCGGGAUCCGAAUGGAGGACGUCCUCGAUUUUUUAUCUACUUGAGACCGGAAUUCACAAAAACAUUUCUUGGCGAAAAAGAGUCAAACACGUUCCCGAUUCCGGAAAUCAUCUUUGAUCCCACGUUGGUCCUCAGUCCUCAUGUUUUCCUGCUAGGCAUGCUAUUUAGAAUUGGCGCAUUUAAAAGUCUAUCCAAAGAUGGUCCUGUGAUGGACUGUCCUGAGAAAUUGUACCGUCUUCGGAUCCUAGAUGGACUUGGUGAGCAGGAAUUAAAGCUGAAGGACGAAAUUCUCGAUCAGCAUAUGUUUUGCCAAGCAUUACGAGAAGCUGAUGGCAUUCGAAUCGCACUAGAAAAGGAACUUACUGGGUCAUGGCUGCGUUACAGAAUGAAACGAGGUGGUGAGAUUACUGGCUUCGCGGAAGUCGCGAAGCCAUAUUCGGAUGUAUCGAAUGAACUGCAGAACGUGAUGCUGCAGCACGCCAGCAUUGAUACUUUUGUCCGGCACUACAGUGUGGGUAUCCACGUAGAUGCCCAGGCAAUUGUACGGGGCAUGCCCGCUCAGAAACAGCUUAUGCGGUUUGCCUGCUCGAUGAGUCGGUCGAUUGAUCCUCGCAGACCCUAUCGGCUUGAGGAUUCAAGCUGUAUCAAUGAUAUUCCCCGCGUGUGUACCCUGGAAGACAGGAAGCAGGCGAGAAAGCGGAUUCGAGACGCUAAGAAGCGCGCCUAUGAAGAUGCCCAGGCUACACUACAGCAGGAGUUCGGCGAUAACCCACCGCAGAGUGGCGCUCAUUCCCGAAUAAUCCGCAAGCGGUGGAAGGCUCAAGAGAAAGGUGUCAAAAAGCUACGCCAGAAAUUUGAUCAUGCAGACGAGCAGUAUGAUCGCGCAGUGAAGCAAUUACGAAACGAGAAGGGAUGGCAAAAGCACCGAUUGGUUCGUGAAAAUCUGGAGCGGUACAAAAAUGAGCAGCCGGUGAUCGACAGUGAGCGGCAACUUUCCGGAAAAGUUGUUGACGAAGAAGUUAUGGGGGCGUUGCAGCGUACCGGCUAUAUGACACCGCAGCAUAUGACACUUAUCGACAGUGUUCUGACUCUGCCGGGUACAACAGUCGAGAAAGAAUAUGAGCGUCGAAUUGCUGCAAUCAAUGCAGUGAUUGCGAGGGUGCUCCCUCGCGGCCUCGUGUCCCGCAAAAACGCACCGCCGAUACUGCCGAUUUGCCACCUGCUGCCCCCCCUACCUAAGAGGCAGAAGUCUAUCUCCUCAGAUGAGAGUGGCGAUACUUUCUCUCAAGCGAUCGCUUCUGUUUGCGUCAAAUGUCCAGGAGAGAGACCAACGAUCUGCUUUAUUUGUCUUGGUAAUACCAGACUGCCAGAACGCGAACGCCUGAAAAUGUACAAGAACCCCGGGUCCCUCAGCCGACACUUCGUCAACAAACAUAUCAAGCCAUUCCCGAAUGACAUGCACUGCGAGUGCAACAUUUGCGGGGAAAAGCUGAUGUCAAAAUCGGGACUCCUGAACCAUGCGCAAAGAAUGCAUGGAACUGUCUCCUGCCUACCUUUACCAGCUCUUGGCCUAGCCCUUCCUUGA